CGACUUUUCGCACGGAGUAGGCCAUGGAAUAUAUGAGCCGAGCAUCGUUAGGCAGACCGCCCACCAAACUUGCGCAAAUCUGACGUCAUUAGAAAUUACGCUGGCGUCAUUUCUAGCGUUGUGUUACUUGAAUAAUAGGAAAAUAGCAUAAAGUGAAGUUUUUGGAGAUGAAAUACUUGAUACUGGCAGGGGAACAUGUAGAAUGUACCAUAGCAGUAUGUGAAGAUUUCUGGUAACAUUGUUUAGCUGAAUGUCAACAAUCUUGGUCUGUCCCCCAACUGCUCACACAGAUACUAUGAUGGUACCUUAAAUGAGUCCAGAGCUAGUUCCUGCAAAACUUUUCCUGAUUCAUCAUUUAUCACUCUCCUAGUCAGUGUUCUGUAGCUGACACAGCAUGUUUAAAUAAAAUUAGCUCUUGAACAUAAUUAGAAGCCAAGUAUGUCAAUACAACAGUUCUGUUUGCGGUGGAAUAAUCACCAGCCCAACUUCAUAUCAGUUUUCACAAACUUGCUGAACAGUGAAUCGUUGGUAGAUGUUACGUUGGCAGCUGAAGGAAGGCACUUGCAGGCUCACAGGGUUGUCCUUUCAGCAUGCAGUACAUAUUUUCAGACAUUGUUCUCUGUGAAUCCAUGUCAGCAUCCCAUAGUAAUUUUGAAAGAUGUGAAGUACAAUGAUCUCAAGACAAUGGUGGACUUCAUGUAUUAUGGUGAAGUAAAUGUUUCACAUGAUCAGCUUCCAGCUAUUUUAAAGACAGCUGAAAUGCUGAAGAUCAAAGGGCUGGCAGAAAUGCCAGAGCAGAAUAUUGCAGGAUCAGUACACAUGAGCAAGUCCCUUAGUGUAUCAUCUGAUAAGGCAGAACUGUUAACACCUAGUGAAUCAGCAUGGGGUCCAGAUUCUCGUUGCAGUUCUGCUCCUUUGUCCCCAUCUAUGCGCAGGAAACGGUUGCGCAAGUCUUCCACAGGUUCUGGAUCUGGUUCAACAGAAAGAACAUCAGAGGAAUUGCCAAGUGAAAUCACAUUGGUAGCAUCACCAGCUUUGGUGAAACCUGAACCAAUUCCAUCCACUCCUGAUGGUGAGAGUGGUCGGAAUGAAGGAUCAUUAAGGAACAGUACACAAGAGCCAAGCACUGAUUCGGAACCCCGGGAGGGAUCUCAGGAUAGUGCAGAAGAUGACCAGCUAACAUUGCAAAUAUCACAAGACAGUAGUACAGGGGAAGUGGACACUCCUAUUGCAGAUACAGGACCAUCAACCUCACAACAGCCAGCAACCCCACAGGCUCGAGUUCCACCAGGCAAACCAGGGAAGCGGCUUCUCAUGCGACAACACCGCAUCAAGAAGGAGUGUGAUCCUGCUCACACAUCUCCAGACAGUGAGCCUGGAUCACCUCACUUCACUUCUGGCAGUGGUCUGCUUAGCUUACCACCAGUUCGAAUUGAGAGACAGUGCUCUGAGCCACCACCUUGCAGUUCUCCCUCUCUUCAGCUAAAUCCUACCACUCCCAACCUUCUCACUGUGCCUCCACCAACCUUUCUUGUCAAACAGCAUUCUCACCCGCUGCUUCCUAGCCAGCAGAGCCCCACACCACCUACUCCAACAUCACUGUUAGUUCAGCGCCAGUUAUCACAGCCUGCCCCUGGGCAGACUUGUCUUGUUCCAUCCCCAGCACUUCAUCAUGUCCAUCUGGUGGCUACCCCAAUGCAGACACCGCCCAACCAGGAGCCAACAAGUCGUGCCGUUAGUCCUUCUGUGGUAAUUGAACAAUUACCAGUGCUGCGAGUUGUGACUGAUCAAACAACGACAGAUACAACAAAGAGUAGUAGUCAUGGAGGACUUCGAGUUCGCACAGAUGAACUCAGGCGAGCAUCUUCCUCUCCACAGGCAUCAUCACCCAGAGAAGGGCUUGAAUCACAGCGUUCUGGACAUUGUCCUCUAUUACGUCCUGGCCCAGCAUUGGGCUGCAAUUUCUGCUGGAACACAAUUGAUGGUCAUGGCCGUAUCUUGCGUCGUAAAACCAAGUACCACUGCCCUGAGUGCCAGACCAACCUCUGCAUUGUGCCAUGUUUUCAAGAGUACCAUGAAAGGCAGCUUGCUGGGGGCAGCAGAGAGACUGCAGGAGCUGUCUCACCUACCAUCAUGAAGGUGCUUCCUAAAACCAGCUCUAUAUAAUUAGAAGGUAGGGCCCUAAAGAAACCUAUUAUUCGGGUGUGUAUGUAUGAAGUGCAUUCAAUUCCAAUAUUUUCCGUUCACUUUUCUGUCCCUCCAUACCCUUUAAUCUCAAAGUGAGGUAUUUAGAUUAGUUUUACUCAUGUUAAAGGACUAUUUUUUUUAAUAAAAUGGUGAAUCAGAUAAGAAAAAUGCAGUAGAGAGAUAUUGUGAAUGGUGAUCCAUCCUAGGCCCCAGACUUUACUGCUACAUACAAGGUUAAUUGAAACUUUGGGGUCCCAACCUUUAAUUUAAUCUGAUCUGUGAUGAGACUGUACAUGCUUUCAUGUUGCUAGUUGUGAUGAUUUUGCUUCUCUUACUUUUUUCAAUUUUAGUGAUUGGUUGCCAAGAAAAGAUUUGUGACCCAAAUUCCAGGUGCUGUAUAGAGAUGCACAAGAUAUAUCAAUGUUCAUUAGUCAAUGUAUCAGCUAUAUGAUAUUCUGGUACAGUAUGGUCCAUAAGUGAUAUUUUUAAUUAUAAUAUGAUGUUGAAAUUACUAAUUAUUAAAAAUAAUGUUACAUACAUUUUUAAUGACUCAUUAAACUGGAGCAGUUUCUAUUGUGUAAGCAUAUUAAUGAACAUCAUUAAUUUUUCACUGAGGGAACAUUUUUUUCCACUCACACUGAGCAUUUUCUGUGAAAAUUGUAUGAAGAUUUAUUGUUAUUUUUUAAAUGAUAUUUAUCAAAUAUUAACAUUUUAUUACUGAGACAUUGAUGGGCCAGUACUGUAUAUGACCAUAAUGCAAUUUUAUGCAUCAUUAUGUGUGUGCUGUUAAUGUGCUGAAACAUGUGCUACUCAGUAUGUCAAAGGCUCAGUCACAAGUCAAUGCCAGUGUUACUGAAGUGGAAUACAUACUUAAUUCCACUCUUAACAUAUAUUUUAUCAUUAAUGGGACUUUAAAGUUUUAGUAAUUUUUUGAAGUGACAUGACAUAUUUAGUUAACAGCUACUUACUAACAUGAAUAUAGGUUACUUUAUUUAAUGUAAAGUACACACUUCAUUGCAUUAGGAUUAAAGCACUGGAAUUUUUAUUUUUUGGAGUUUCUUUUAAAAAAUUAUACAAUUUUGUAAGCAUUAAAAGAAUUUAAUUUUUUUUUGUAGCUUUCAUGUUUCUUUAUGUAUCUGAACAUAGAUCUGAAGACUUUCAUUUGUGUUAUCAUUAGGAAUGAGUCUUGACAGGUGAUCUGUAUAUUUAGCAUAUAUUCAAAAUACUGUAUAUAGCCGUUGUCAGAAGGUGACAUUAAGCUUCGGAACCAAGUUGAAUACAACCAGUGAAUAAAGUCAUUUGCAGACAGUUUCUCUGUGGCUCUAGAACCACGUAAAAUCUAUAAUCCAUUAGACAGGUCAGUGCCACCAGUGCAGGCAGCAGGAGUAGACAGACCAUAAUGGAAGAUAUGCUGGCUUAGCAAGACCAUCAGGCAGUUAGUUCAGCCUGUAAACUCUGCUGUCAACAAGACACUGGGGAAAUCUAGCAACUGGUAAUUGUCAAGAAAGAUAAUUGUUAUUGUAUUAACUCCCUUGUGAAAUCUACCAUUAGAUCCUGCAUUAGACCACUUCAUUCAAGUUUGCAUCUGUACAGUCUACUUUCCCUAGAUAUGUCUCACUCAUGUUAAAAAUAAAUGUGUCACUCCAUUGAUGUCCAGACUUCUGAAGAUCCAGUUCCCAAAAUGUCAAACUGAGCAAAUUGGCUUCUAACUUUUAGUAGAAAGGUGCCUAGUUGCAGUCUCAGCCAGGGCACUGAUUAUCCUACCAAAGGUUCUUUUUCUGGUUUUUCCUAGUCCUCCCAGUUAGAUGUUAGGAUAGUACCUCAAAUUAGGUCAUGACUCCUUCCAUCUAAUUCGUUAUUCUCUAAUCAUCCUCUCGUUUUAUACUGCUGAUGGUGUUGUUAAAUAAGCCCUUAAUAAGUACAUAAGUUAAUUUUAAUAAUAUUAUCCUCAUGCGUAUAUAUGUCUUCACUUGACUUUUUGGACACACAGACUUGUGAGAUGGGAACAUCCCCAGCACAGUUAAUUUAUGGUCCUGGAGUAAAGUACAGUAAUAGAUGAAAGCAGUCUUCUGGGAUGUGGCACCAUGUAAAUGU